UGGGAAACACCGUCAGACCUAAGGGACGCCAUGCUAGCUCUGGUUGUGAGUGUGGCGACAGUAGCCCUGGUUCUGGGAGGGGAGCCACGUAAUGCAGCUGAACUAAGAGCCAAGUACUACAUGACAGACAAAGACUGGCUCGUAUGUGAGAGUCGGGCGUAUGAACGCAUGCUCAUUGAAGAAUCGGAAGCGCGUGAUUAUUACAAAUCUGGUGUGGAUGAUUUGGUAGCGGGGUCGACCACCGCACAGCACCGACAGGUCACAGCUACUCUGGGGAACAGCAUCAAGAUGGCGGAGCAUCAUCGCAUUUUCACUCUCUCUGUCGAUGAAGCCGUGAAACUUCGUUCUGUUCCCGACAAGGAUGUACGUGAUCUGUUGCUUAGCGGGUUCGGACCCCAUCUGGACUGUGGGAACAAUUCAGUGUGUUGUGAGAACACAUACCCAUUCAGAACGGCUAAUGGACGAUGUAACAACCUCCUCAACCCAAACUGGGGCGAGUCCUUCAUCCCCUUCCGGAGAUUCAUGGAGCCGCGGUACGGCGAUGGCAUUGCGUCCCCGCGAACCAUGUCCACGGACGGUGUUAGUGAACUGCCCAGUGCCCGUCUGGUCAGUACCACGAUACACGAGGCCUCGACCCCGGCCACACUCAGUGACAACUUCACGCUCAUGCUAAUGACCUGGGGUCAGUUCCUUGACCACGACGUCACCCUCACGCCCGUGCAGCUGGGAGCCUACGGUAGCGGCGUCAGUUGCUGUGCAUCACCCAGGGUGGCGUUCAAACAAGCAAGAUUGAGUGCAAGACCCCAGUGUUUUCCGAUCAUGAUCCCCCAUGGCGACCCGUCAUUCAACAACAGCUGCAUGGACUUCGUCAGAUCCGUACAGGUGGAAAAUGCCAACUGUCAAGCAGCACCGGUUGAGCAGCUAAACCAGCUGACGGCGUACCUCGACGCCUCACAAGUGUACGGCUCCACCCAACAGCAACAGAACAGUCUCAGGACGUUUCAGAAAGGACUGCUGCGAACGUACACCUCCACCACAGGUAGAACCCUCCUGCCCAAACAAUCGGCCACAGAUGCUCCUAACUGUGUGACCAACUCUGGGAAUGCGUUUUGUUUCCAGGCAGGUGACGAACGAGUGAACGAGAACCCAGCCCUCACGAGCAUGCAGACGGUGUUCUUGCGGUUUCACAACCUCGUGGCUACGGAUCUGAAAAGGUUGAACUGCCACUGGGGAGAUGAGAAACUGUUCCAAGAGACGAGGAGGAUUAUCGGGGCUAGCAUCCAGGUCAUCACAUAUACCGAAUACCUUCCUAUUCUGCUGGGCCCUACAAUAAUGACUCAGUACGGUCUAACGUCCACGACGUCGGGUUACGCCAACGUGUACAAUCCUGCCGUUGACGCCAGCAUUCGCAACGCCUUCUCCACUGCCGCCUUCAGGGUCGGUCACACAAUGGUCAACGACUUCCUUGGCAAUGCCGAUGCGAGUGGCGUGGAUGCUGGAAACACCGUCCUCAGUACCAGCUUCGGGAACACUGACAUCCUCCUGAACCAGCCUGGCCGGACCGUGGGCAGCUUCUGUCGGGGUCUUGCACGUGACAGCACCCAGCUGGUUGACCGCUUCAUGACCUCCCAGUUGACCAACAACCUGUUCCCUGACGACGCGGGGAACAAACUGGACCUGGCGUCCCUGAACGUCCAAAGAGGUCGGGACCACGGCCUGGCGGGAUACGGGUACUGGAGGAGGUUCUGUGGGCUGUCGCAAGUAACCAACAUCAUGGCAAUCACAGAGAUACCAUACGACGUGCGCCUCAAACUGGCCUCUAUCUACUCGUCUCCCAAUGACAUCGACCUGUUCACGGCAGCCAUGUCGGAGACCCCUGUUUCUGGCGGGCUGGUGGGCCCCACACUUGCAUGUUUACUAGGACGACAGUUCCAAGCUCUCAAAACUGGAGACAGGUUUUGGUUUGAGGAGGACAACGACUACGUCAGGUUCACCCCAGCCCAACUGGGGGAGAUACGGAAGGUCUCUUUGUCACUUGUCAUUUGCCAUGGCACCAACACAGAGCAACUUCAGGCCCAGGCUUUCAUAAAGAGUUCAACAUUGGUGGACUGCGAUAGUAUUCCCACACUCAGCCUGGAGCACUGGCGGGAGGCUGACGGCAGCUGGUCAAGCUGGACACAGUGGUCACCCUGUCUGAACAAUAUCCGCACCAAGACCAGAACCUGCUCGCCCUGCUUUGCAGGAUGUGACGGACUGAAUGCCCACAGCGAGGCUUGUGGGGAUUCCUGCAACUGGAAUACAUGGGGUACGUGGGGUACCUGUAUCAACGGUUCUGAAGAACGAAGCAGAACGUGCAAAUGCUCGGGCAAUUUUACGCAAUGGAAAACUUGUCCAAAGUCGACAUUUUAAAUUGGUAACCAUUCUGUUUUGGCGUGUAUCUUGGUGCUAUACCAUUUACCAAAUAACGAAAUAAUAUACGCCAAAGAUAACCACUCUUGGGCUUCAAUUAUAGUAAGGUUCAAAUGAAAGCAUAUUAAAAAAUAAUUGAUCUAAAUUCAAUAUACAAUCAUAUAGAAUAAACUGUGUGCAUUAAGGGUAAAAUACAAAUUGUUUGUAGAGAUUCACUUGAAAACGAGUGAUCUCCAGGACAUUUCUAGAUGGUAUUUCAUAAUUGUGUGGUUGAUAUCGUAUAAAACAGAACUUAUUUCGAAAGUUUCUUCAGAAUAAACUUAGUACUGUGAA